CAGCCUUUUCAGACUUUGGAUACAUUUUAACCGUUACGCUGCGCAGCAAAUGCGAUAUUUCUACUCAAGGUCUAUGUUGCUCCGAAUAUAAGCUAUUUUAAUAUAAGAAUCGACGUGGGGAAACUACUGGAGCCUAGUUCUAUUUAUAGGACACGAAUCGAGUGUGCGUAGGCUACAUCUCGUGUGCGCGCCCCCAAAUCUGUGUCAGACAGAUAGGAUUCAUGAGGCAGUCCGUUGUGUAACAGGAAUCUAGCUGGAACCCCGGCGAAAUUGUGACAUUUUGAAGCACGACUGAAGAAUGAUCUGAUCGGGGAACCGGGUAUUUAGUUCUGUAGUACAACAUUAGGCUAUUGGACUUUCUUCAUAGUGGGCCUUCUCGUCUGAACUUGGAACAUGGAGCUGGAUCGCCGACUGUUGCUUACUCACUGCGCUGCCCACACCCUUUCGGUAUUCGCUGGACUUCUAGUGGUGAUACCCAUUGCGCUGAACGGUUCUGCGUUCAAAGGGAGAUGUGCGCUGUUCAGCCAGGGCUUUUGGCGCACAGAGAACCAAACACUGACCGCCGGGGACUCGAACGAGGUGACUCACUUGGUGAUCCAACAGUGGGGUCCCUUCGCCGCCUGUCAGUUCGCGACAUUCGUCGGCGUGUUCACCGUGUUCUAUGGAGCAGCCCAGGGGUGGCGAAGCUUGUUCUACCUCCACGGCAGACACGAUGAUACCCUGCUCUCAGCUUUCCUCACACUACUCCUGAGCCUCUGUAUGCUGUUCCUGUCCGGUGGGGCGAGUGUCACUCUGUCUUUGGGACUCAUGUCCUGGUGUGACGUUGUGACAGAAUACGGCUCUCGUCCAUACAGCUGUGCAGAAUCUCAGUCCAUACCCAUGUACCUGGAUGUAGACACCACCUCCUUUUACUCAGAGCUCUCCUGUGCACAGGGAGCGCUGUGGUGUGUGACGGGGCUGUGGCUGGUCCACGUGGUGCUCUCCUUCCUGCGUCUGUACCACUCCCACAGCCAGCACAUGACGGGGCCGUGCCUGCCCAAGGAGAGGGAGCUUCUGCUGGGACAGGCCUACUGCGACUGCGCCUUCAUCCAGCACGCCCAGCUCACGCUGCAGCCCGCACACUUCUCAGAUGCGCCUUCUGUUGUGGUCUAGUCAUUCAGUCCAUACUCACGUUUCCCUAUACUUCCCUAAUACACCUCUCCCAGACCCCUAUUGUAGUGGU